AUGGAAUCCGAUUUGACUAAACGUCGACCUUCAUUAAUUCCUGGAUGUUUACCUGGUUUACCUGCUGGAUGGACACCACUAAUAGAUUCAGUUCAAGAAAAUGUAAAUGAUGAUGAUCAAUAUUUUAAAAAAUCGUUUACGCCUAUUGGACUUUCUCAUUUACCAUCAAUUACAAGUUAUGAAACAAAACCAUAUUUAACAAUAAAAAAAUUUUAUCUAAAGGAUCAUCCACCAAUGUCAAUGGCACAUACACAUGGUAUAUGUGUUUUAAAUACCGAAGCCGAAGAAAUCAUAGCUUGUGAUCAUUAUAAUAAUCGUUUACUUAUGUUUGAUUCAAACAAAGAUGGACGUUUAUUAGAAAUAUUUCGUGGUGAUAUGGCAACACCGGAAUGUGUUACACCACGACCACAUUAUCAACAUCAAAUUUAUAUAACAAAAGCACAUUCAAUUUCGUUAUAUGAUUUAGAAAAAAAACAUUUCAUACAAAAAUUAGGUACUGAAGAAAGUGGUCAUGCUAAUAAUCGAUUCAAUUCACCUUGUGGUAUUGUUGUUGAUCCAGCUAACGGAGAAAUUUAUAUGUGCGAUACAUGGAAUCAUCGAAUUUGUGUUUUUUCACCAGAUUUUCGUUAUAUUAAUCGGCGUUGGUAUUUAACACGAUGGCAACAAGCACAUCAUAAAAUAAAACCAAAUUUUCUUGCUAUUAAUCGAAGUAAUGAAUGUGUUGUUACAUGUGAUGAUGCACCAAAUUAUCGUGGUGCUGUUUAUGUUUUUGAUAAAAUGGGUUAUAUCAAGAAAAUAUAUGAUCAUGAGUCGCGUAAUAAACCUCCGAAUGCUGAAGCAAAAUUAAAUAUUCCACAUGGAAUAUUAGUUGAUGAUGAAGGUAAUUGGUUAACAUUAUGUUAUUCAGAUCCUGAAUCAUGUUGGAUUGAAAGAAGAUAUAAACCACAUCAACAUGAAGACCAUGAAAUUAUAACAUAUUGGCAAAAUAAAGAAUUAAAAGGUCCUAGUGCAUUAGCUAUUAAACGUAAUCAAACAUUAGUUGUUGGUGAUCGAGAUGAAAAUGCAAUUUGUUUUUUUAAACAAAUUCAAACCAAGUGA